AUGUCUCAUAAACUUUGGUCACCGCCUUCAGGCGCUCAUACAAAUAUUGAUGAUUUUCGGAAUAUUAUUACGAAUAAAUAUCGGGUUCAAUUGGAAUCCUAUUGGGAUUUGCAUGAAUGGUCAAUAAAUAAUAUUUCGGAAUUUUGGGAAGAAUUUUGGAUUUAUAGCGACAUUAAGUAUUCAGUACCGUUCGAACAAGUAUUAGAAGAAAAAAAGAAAAUGAAUGAAAUUCCACGUUGGUUUGUCGGUGCACGAUUAAAUUAUGCUGAAAAUUUACUUCGUUUUAAUGAUGAUCGAGUCGCCAUUUAUUCUUGUAGUGAAGGAAAUUCAACAGUAAAGAAAAUGACAUUUGCUGAAUUAAAUGAAAAUGUACGUCGUUAUCGUGCAGCACUUCAACAUGUUGGUGUUACAGUUGGUGAUCGUGUUGUAGUCUAUCUUCCAAAUUGUCCUGAAGCACUAAUUAUCUGUUUAGCAACAGCUAGUCUUGGUGCAAUAUUUAGUUCUGCAGCAGCAGAUUUUGGCGUACUUGGUGUAACUGAACGUUUCAGCCAGAUUGAACCUAAAGUUAUGUUUGGUUGUAAUGCUGUUGUUUAUAAUCGAAAAACUCAUGAUUCAUUAGUUAAACUGAAAGAUAGUGUACUUGCAUUACCAUCAUUAAAAUAUGUCGUUGUUAUUCCAUUUGUAUCUGAUUAUUCAAUGGAUCUUAGUGAAAUUCCAAACAGUCUACCAAUUGAUGAAUUUCUUUCGAUGCCUGCUGAUAAAAAUAUUCCAUUGGAAUUUGAACAAGUUCCAUUCAAUCAUCCAUUAUUUAUUAUAAAACAUCGAUUACAGAGUAAUAUGAAAGAUGGAGAUAUUUUAUUUUAUUUUACUGCUGUUUCUUGGAUGAUGUGGAAUUGGUUAAUUUCAUCAAUUGCACUUGGUACACCCAUUGUUCUCUACGAUGGUUCACCGAUUGUACCUGAUUAUUAUCGACUUUGGGAUUUAGCAGAUGAAAUUGGAAUAACUAUAUUCGGUUGUAGUGCACGUUAUUUAGCAACAUUAGAAGAACAUCAAAUAUCUCCAUGUACACAUAAUAAACUUGAAAGUGUUCAUACAAUUUUAUCAACUGGUUCACCAUUACAUAGUCGAAUAUUUGAUUAUGUUUAUACGAAUAUUAAAACAAAUGUUCUAUUAGGUUCAAUCACUGGUGGAACGGAUAUCAUUUCAUGUUUUGCUGGUGUUAAUCCAACAUUAGAUGUGCAUCGAGGAGAAAUACAAUCUCCACAUUUAGCUAUGGCUAUUGAAUGUUGGUCAGAAGAUGGAAAAAAGUUAGAAAAUGAUAGUGGUGAACUUGUUUGUACGAAACCAUUUCCUUCAAUGCCGGUUUCAUUUUGGAAUGAUCCAAAUGGUGAAAAAUAUCAUCGAGCUUAUUUCGAUAAAUAUCCUGGUGUCUGGAAUCAUUCUGAUUUUUGUCUUAUUAAUUCAGUUACACGAGGCAUUGUUAUGCUUGGCCGAAGUGAUGGUACUCUUAAUCCUAAUGGUAUACGUUUUGGUUCAGCUGAAAUCUAUUCUAUUGUCGAUCAAUUUAAUGGCGAAAUUCUUGAUAGUUUAUGUGUAGCACAACGUAAUCCUACAACUGAUGAUGAACGUGUUAUACUUUUUGUUAAAGUAAGUUAA